AAGUCCUGGAAGAAUGAAAGGGUAAGAUCUCCUCUCUGCAGACCUCAUUGGUCAUUGCAUUCUGGUCCUGAAAUGUUUUAUGUUGAACCAAACCAAACUGGAUAAACACAGAACUGACUAAAUUAUGGCAGAGCACAUGAUGAGGAAGCAUAGUCUCUGCUGGACCUUCUUCUGACAGCGUCUGUGUGUUAGGAUCAUCUCAGGUCAGGAGAAAAGCUUGGUUCCUCUGAACUGGAAGCGAUCUACAGCAGACAUGCCGUAGUUUAGGACUCUUGUAAUGCUGUACGGAUUGCACAACCUGCAAAUAUGGACUGGAUUCUUUACCCAGCAUGAGCAGCGAAACUAUAAAGUCCAUUCUUUCCCUCAGUCUUGGCAUUACCGACCAGUAAACAUCGACGAGAGGCAGAGAGCCAGAGUUUCUGUUUGUAGAGACUCCAUGGACACGAGCAUCAGCAGGUCUUUGUCUCAUUUACAAGACUGGAGCUUUGUGAAGGAAAAGAAGAGGUGAAUUCAGGGAAGUGUGUGUGUGUACAGUUAGCUGGGACAUUCGUUCACUUUAGCACUGAGUUCGUAGGAAACAAAAAGCGCGCACCGCAAGAGGGAGCGGUUUUCUGUGUGGAUUUGGUGUCUGUUCUGGACUCUGCGUUACAUUUCAGCUCGUGGUUGAGUUGGUUGGAGCUGUGGAGCCGAAACACAGCCGGCGCUGGAGGAUGUUUGUCACUGUCCUGUUUGGAGACGGCAGGAUGGAAAUGUUAAACCUAAACUGUAAACUGGUCAACUUCAUCCAUCACCUGAAGGAAAAGUGUGGCCUGGACUUCAAAGAGCGCGUGGAGCUGAUGGACAGCGGGGGCCGCGUGAUGAACCUGGAGCCGCUGCAGCACAGCGGGGCCCCGGCCGGCAGCGUGCUGGCAGCCAGGCGGCUCUACGUCCUCCUGCGGGUCUGCCAAGGAAAUGAAGAAUCGGGGGAUUGCAAAUAUGUCUCUCUCCUGAACAACACCGAGAGCCACCCGGAGUUUACAGAACUGGUGAGGAAACUAUCAAAUCCCAACCAAGAGACAGAGAGAAAUGCCAGAAGGUUGCGGACACAGAGGAGUAAAAACAUCUCAACUGACAGGAAUAAGAAAUCUUAAAUAUUUAUAAUUUCAUUUCCUUAUUGUUCCUUAGCUUGUAAUGUUGGUUUUCACAUCAAAAAGUGAACCGCCGUCUCUCACAGCAAAACCAACAGGUUAAAUGUUUCCACUGUUAGUAAUCGGCUCUGUCAACUGAUAUGUAAUGUACUGAUUUAUGUAAUGAAAGAAGUUUAUAUUAACACUAACCAAAGUGUAAUGUCUACUUUUGCUUUCAAGACGCACUCUAUGUUACAGCCACUGUUAGAUUUUCUAAACUCAGCACAUCUCCAGUCACUGCAGUAUAUUAAAGUUUUCUUCUCUCCCUCUC